AUUUUUUUAUUGCCUCGUUUGUUUGAGCAUAAUUUAUUAAUUAGAACGUCAGCUAGUCCCGGCGGUGGAUGUUUCGGAGUCGAGUUCGUCGGAGAGUUCGAUGAACCAAACGGCGACUUGAAGUUAUAGGGACUAGAAAGUUAACUGAAAUGAAGAAGUCGCACUUGGAACUCGAUCUUGAUUCGUUCCUAGUAUCCGACUCGGAUUCCGAAUCCGAUUUAGAUUCUUCCUCCGUUCCUCACCGUACAGUCGACGAAAUUCUCAACGCGUCCAGCUCUUCAUCUUCGUCUUCUUCCCCUCCAUCAUCGCCGCCGUUAGUCAGAGACCAAGUAAACCGGCGGAAUCAAAACGAUCCGACUCGCCGGUUAUCAGAAGCUCUUUCAAAUGUUCCGGUGAGACCCGAAUCCGCUGAAUCUGAUAUACUUCGCGGAAUUCCUCGCGUAAUCCAUCCGACAAGGCGAAAUUCGGCGUCUUCUUCUUCUUCUUCGAGACCGUUGCCAUUGCCAUUGCCGUCGCUAUUCGCAGGUGUGCGGUCGAAUGUGAAGCCAGGCGCGGCGCUUGCGGCGGCUGUGGCUGCUUCCAGAUCGGUUCCUACACCGCACGCUGCUAUCAUCAAGUCAAGGAGAGCUAGUAGUGCUAGUAGCGAGUUGCUGCAGGAGGUUUUGGGCGCUGGAGAAUCAGUUUCGAAUGAAGAUGAAGAAGAUCAGCAAGUUUUGUCUUCAAAUGGCGAUUCUGCUGGAGUUGCUACUGGAUCCGUUUCUGUGGAUGAUUUUCGUUCUCUCCCUGGAGAAUCUCGUCUGGAGGAUGAGGAUGAUGGAGUUGCGCUUGCAAGUCAAGAGAACGAAGCUAGAGUAAGGGAAUCCCAAGAUAGUGAUAUUACUGAGACCUUAGAUUAUGAGGCAAACUCAAAGCCUGACUUAGUCACUGCCAUCUCUGCUGAAGAAGAGGCGACGACCACAACGGAAUCUGGAAAUGCCGCUGUGGAGGACGUCAAAGAUGAUUCUGAUGGGAAGUGCUUUGCUCAUUCUCAAUCAGAUGAUGCUAAGGUAAACACUGAUGAAGACUCAAGUGUUAGAGAUGUUAAGAAGGAUGAUUCAGAUAUGAUUAUACCGGACUCUAAAGAAGAGGCAGGUGGUGAUUUUGUUCCUGAUGAUGGAAGCUCAAUGUCUGGCAUUUCAGAGCUUGUAGAAGAGAGGAUUAGUGAGUUGGAAAAAGAAAGGAUAAAUAACAGAGAGAAGCUAAAGUCACGAUCUUUUAGGAAGCAGCUUGUCUUGGCUGAAGAGUUUGAGAAGAAACAAGCAUAUACUGGGUUGCAUUGGGAGGAAGGGGCUGCUGCUCAGCCAAUGAGACUCGAGGGUGUUAAGAUCGGUUCGACGAAUUUAGGUUACUUUGAUGUUGAUGCUGACAAUAUUAUCACCCGAACCAUUUCAUCUCAGGCAUUUAAGCGAGACCAUGGCUCUCCUCAGGUUUUGGCUGUUCAUUUGAAUUUCAUUGCUGUGGGUACGUCCAAGGGGGUCAUCGUCGUUGUACCAAGUAAAUAUUCUUCUGAUACUGCAGAUCAAAUGGAAUCAAAGAUCAUUUGGCUUGGUUUACAAGGAGAAAGAUCCCAGUCCCCGGUUACUUCAGUUUGCUUCAAUCAGCAAGGGGCCCUCCUGCUAGCCGGUUAUGGUGAUGGACAUGUUACAGUUUGGGACGUGCAGAGAGCGUCGGUAGCAAAAGUGAUCACUGAACACACUGCGCCAGUAGUAUAUGCGUUUUUUCUAGGCCGGGAUUCGCAAGGUUCUCGCCAAUUUAAAGCAAUUACAAGUGACACUAAGGGUGUUGUUUUCAAACAUUCUUUCUCUUGGACUCUGCUGUUGAACAUGUAUUCAGUUAAAACGCAGUGCCUUCUCGAUGGACAAAAAAAUGGAACGGUUCUCUCGGCGUCACCUCUGCCUGAUGAAAUAUUUGGAAGCUCUGUGUCCUCUUCUAAGGCGGGUAACACUGCAGUUCCAUCCAGCAGUAUAAGUAGCAUGAUGGGAGGUGUUGUUGGGGUUGAUUCAAGUUGGAAGCUCUUUAAUGAGGAUUCAUCUGCGGUGGAAGAAGGGGUUGUUAUAUUUGCCACCUAUCAAACUGGACUGGUGGUAAAACUCAUUCCAGAUUUGGAGGUGUAUGCACAACUUCCUAGGCCUGAAGGGGUUCGGGAGGGUUCCAUGCCAUACACUGCCUGGAAAUGCUCAAUGGAAAACUCUUCUAAGGAGGCAGAAGAUCGGGUUUCUUUUCUUGCCAUUGCCUGGGAUCGGAGAGUUCAGGUUGCCAAGUUGGUAAAAUCAGACCUAAAGGAAUAUGCCAGAUGGUCACUUGACAGUGCAGCUAUUGGUGUGGUUUGGCUGGAUGACCAGUUGCUGGUGAUCCCAACUGUGACGGGCCAUUUGUAUCUGUUCACAAGAGAUGGUGUGGUAAUUCACCAGACAAACUUUUCUGUGGGUGGUUCUUCAGGGAAUGACCUGAUUUCCUAUCAUACGUACUUUACGAAUGUCUUUGGAAAUCCUGAGAAAGCUUAUCACAACUCUGUGGGUGUCAGAGGGGCUUCCGUAUACAUUCUCGGGACUGCUCAUCUUGUCAUCUCCAGACUUUUGCCUUGGAAGGAGCGGGUUGAUGUUUUAAGGAGAGGAGGUGAUUGGAUGGGGGCGUUUAACAUGGCCAUGUCACUUUUUAAUGGGCAAGCUCAUGGGGUUGUUGACCUCCCCAAAACUGUGGACGCCAUUAGAGAAGCCAUAGCACCCAGUUUAGCAGAGUUGCUACUUUCCUAUGUAGAUGAAGUAUUUUCUUAUAUCUCAAUUGCAUUUUCCAACCAGAUUGGUAAAAAUGGAGUAACUGAUGAGCCAAGCAGUGAAACCAAGAAUGCCAAUUUAGAGAUAGAAGAGCAAUACAAUCGUGUUGGUGGUGUUGCCGUUGAAUUCUGUGUUCAUAUUAACAGGAUGGAUUUGCUCUUCGAUGAAAUAUUUUCCAGAUUUGUGGCUGUACAACAAAGAGAUACUUUUUUGGAGCUUUUGGAGCCUUAUAUAUUAAAGGAUAUGCUUGGAUCUCUUCCUCCAGAGAUUAUGCAAGCACUGGUAGAACAUUAUAGUAGAAAAGGAUGGCUACAAAGAAUUGAGCAGUGUGUUCUUCACAUGGAUAUUUCUUCCUUAGAUUUCAAUCAGGUUGUCAGAAUUUGCCGUGAGCAUGGGCUUUAUGGGGCCUUGCUGUAUCUUUUCAACAAAGGGUUGGAUGAUUUCAAGUCACCUCUAGAGGAACUCUUGAUUGUCUUACGGAACAGUGAGAGACAAAGAGCUACAGCCAUUGGGUACCGGAUGCUUGUUUAUCUAAAGUACUGCUUUCUUGGUUUGGCUUUUCCACCAGGACAUGGAACUCUGAUUCCUACACGCUUGCCAUCCCUUAGGACUGAACUGAUUCAGUUUCUACUGGAGAAAUCAAACGCCUAUGAUUCUAGUACAUGUGAAACAUCUCAACGGAUUUACUUGAACCUCUACCACCUGCUAGAGAUGGAUACUGAAGCCACCUUAGAUGUCCUAAGAUAUGCAUUUUCAGAAAAUGAAAUGGCGAAUCAUGAGAAUCGUCUACUGGAGUCCGGUGAAGUAAGUUUAGAGUCCAAGACUGAUGGUACUAUGCCCGAAGUUAGAUGUAACGAUUUGUUGAUCCAGAAUCUGAUAGAUGCUCUAGUUCAUGUUUUUGAUGCGGGGUCAAGUCAACCUGAUGAAUCUGGCGAUUCAGAUGGUUCAAAAUCAGAGAAAAAUUGGCCUUCCAAGGAGGAUACGAGUCACUUAUUUGAGUUUGUUGCAUAUUAUGCAGCACGUGGCAGAGUUAGUAUUCCUAAGAGCGUAUUGGCACACAUUUUAGACUACUUAACAUCAGAUCACAUACUUCCGACAUAUAACGUGUCUCCUAAAAUGAGAGAGAACCAAUUACUAAACCUUCUGAAAGCUGUACCGGAGACUGACUGGGAUGUAGCGUAUGUAUCUCAGCUUUGUGAGACAGCACAUUUUUAUCAGGUCUGUGGCUAUAUUCAUACCAUUGGUCGACGAUACGUUGCUGCUUUAGAAAGCUACAUGAAAGAGGCAGAUGAACCCAUACACUCGUUUUGCUACGUGAACAAGAUGCUGUCACAGUUGAGUGGGGAUGAACUCACUGCUUUUCAAUCCGCAAUAAUUUCUAGGAUUCCCGAGCUCCUUGAAUUGAGCAGAGAGGGAACAUUCUUCUUGAUUAUUGAUAAUCUGAAAGACAACAUUUCACGCAUUCAAGAGCAGCUCCAUUCUCAUCCAAGAAGCUUGUUCCUUUAUCUCAAGACUGUCAUUGAGGUUCACUUGUCUGGGAGUCUUGAUUUUUGUCGUCUAAGAAAACAUGAAGCUGUGGAUAGUUCGGGAGAAAACAUUAGAAGGGAUAUACCCAAAGAGGUAGACAGUUUUUUGGAGGGACUUAAUGACUUUCCCAAAUUCAUCCAAGAUAAUCCAGUUAAUGUGACUGAUGACAUGAUUGAGCUUUAUUUGGAGCUAUUAUGCAAGUACGAACCGAAGUCGGUCUUGAGAUUCCUGGAAACCUUUGAUAGCUACAGAGUGGAACACUGUCUACGCCUCUGCCAGGAAUAUGGAAUUGUAGAUGCAGCAGCAUUUCUCUUGGAGAGGGUCGGUGAUGCAGCAAGUGCUUUGUCACUUACACUCUCUGGACUCAACGAAAACUUUGUCGAACUUGAAAAUGCGGUAGCAUCCCUAGUGUCAGAACUGAAGUUGGGUGCUAGCGAAGGAGCCACUUUGGAACAUUUCAGUAGUGCUCUAGAGUUGAAGGAGGUACAUGACAUACAAGGUGUUCUGCAAGCCUGUAUAGGAUUGUGUCAACGCAACACUCCUCGCCUAAAUCCUGAGGAGUCGGAGAUUCUUUGGUUUCGCUUUCUUGACACUUUCUGUAAACCUUCGAUGGAUUCAUAUCAGGAACAGAGGAAUGUCAAUGAAAUAAAAAAAGCUCCUGUUGGUGUUAAAUCAUUGGAACUGUCUGUAGAUGAAACAGUCGAUACAAUCAAGUGGAGGAUUCCAAGAUCUGAUACGGCGAGUACACACAUCCUGAGGAAGCUCAUAUCUCAGUUUAUAAAAGAGAUUGUUGAAGGAAUGAUAGGAUAUGUUCGUCUUCCAGCAAUCAUGUCAAAACUUCUUUCUGACAACGGUACUCAAGAGUUUGGUGAUUUUAAACUCACAAUAUUGGGAAUGCUUGCAACGUAUGGCUUCGAACGGAGAAUACUGGAUACUGCAAAGUCCUUAAUCGAAGAUGAUACAUUCUACACCAUGAGCUUACUCAAGAAAGGUGCUUCCCACGGGUACGCACCCAGGAGUUUGCUGUGUUGUAUAUGCAAUUGUCCUCUCACCAAGACAUUCUCUGUUCUUCGUGUACGUGUUUUCAACUGUGGCCACGCAACACAUAUUCAAUGCGAACCGUCAGAGAAUGAGACGUCGUCGUCAUCAUCAUCAUCAAUUCACGUCUCAUCAUCAGGCUGUCCUGUUUGUAUGACCAAGAAGACCACACAAAGCUCUUCUAAAGGUAAAUCAUUCUACCUAGAUUAUGGUCUGAUAAGCACUGUUUCGUCAAACACGGGGACUUCACAACGCGCUUCGCCUUACUCACACGAGAAUGAAAUGACCGAUCACUCUCAUAACCAGCAAAUCUCACGGUUUGAAAUCCUAAGCAACCUUCAGAAAGAUCAGAGAUUGGUACAGAUAGAGAGCUUGCCUCGGUUAAGGCUUUCACCUCCCGCUGUGUACCACGAAAAAGUGAGCAGAGUCUCCGGUUUUACGCCGGGAGAGAGUAGCGGUAAAGACUCAAAACCAUCCCAAAGUGGACUGAGUAAAAAAUUAAAAGCGAAAGGAUCCAUUUUUCGGCCAAGACUUGGUUUAGGAAAGGACAAGACGAGCAGAUGGUAAAGGAAGCUUCAGUUUGAUUGGUAUGAAGGAAGGACUAGAGAGUUUUGUGUUGUAAACUUGUAAUUAGGAAAAUUAGUGAGCAGUAACUUUACAGACCUUGAUGUAUACACUAACAAAAAAAAAGUAAUAAGAUGAGCUAAUGUUCAAAUUUCGCUAGGUGUUGAUGAGAUGUUCAGCAAAACUAAUUGUGAAAGGAUAAGUUUCCUUCUGAAUAAACACAAACAGUGAAUGAAUGUGAUUUUUGUAUCUUC